GUGCGAUACCAUCAACGUAUUGCACGCUUAGCUUCACGCUAUCCACGUGCUCAAAUUCUUGUAUUUUGGGAAACUUUGGACUACCGAUGCGAGCCAUUCACAAGAAACGUUAUGGAUCGUAAGUCGUUCGAUCGCCUGAGAACCAAGAAAGACACGCCGACAAAUCCACCGAGACAACCACAAAAAAGUCAUCACCCGAAAAAGCCGGCUAAAGAGACUACACCGAAAAUAGAAGCUCCCGAAAGACAAGCCGAUCGAACAGAGGAAACAAGUCCCAAACCUCGAAAGAAAGUUGUAGUUCCGAUAGCUGCGAUGGCUCUUCUCGGAGUGGCCAUUGCUGGACUCUUUCUGUAUUGGCACCUCUCACGGACAACCUCGGUCAAGAAGGUCAAGCACUGUACGAGCAAGGCUUGCAAGCUGGCUACUGUGCAAUAUGAAGCGAUGAUCAACAAAAACAUAGACCCGUGCAAAAACUUUUACAUGUACGCCUGUGGUGGUUGGCUUGCUGGAAGGUCUAAAGAGAACUCAUACGUAGAAGAGAUCUAUGAAGCUAUCAGCGAGGACGCGCACACUUUUCUGUACGACCGUCAGCUCGGCGUAGCAGCAAUUGAUCCCUUCUGGAACCUCGUGACAUUCUACAGGAGCUGCUACGACUUCGUUAUGGUGAAUCAAACCAGUCUUGAUGAGAUCCGGAAGACUAAACGAUACUUGCAGACAGAAGAGUGGCUCCGAUACGAUGCUUCUACUUUACUCGAGCCCAUGAUUCGCCUCAGUCUUGCAAAAGGAAUAUCGACAGCCUUUGAUAUCCGCAUAAGACGGUGGAAAUCGAAAUACUACGUCGUUAUCAAACUGGGUGAAUCUCUAAGCGACAUGAUCAUGCCAACAGCGAACAAGUUCCGCCCAAAGGACGUGAUGCACUAUGUCAGUUCAAUCUUGGAAGCUGUCAUCCAGAACGGGACUGAACCUUUCACAAGAGCUUUGAUAAAAUUUGAAGCUAAUUUCCAGAAGCAAUCCCGCCAAUCCAGAAAGUCUUCGCAGACGCUUCUUAAUUACGCAUCAUUUCCCAUCAUUCCGGGUCAGCUCGAUUUGGGGGACUGGAAGAGGGCAAUAGAAGUAAACCUCGUCGAUGCGAGCAAAAUAGAGGGCAAAGUGUAUGUACACGAUAUGAGUGCUCUGACAAAUGUGACGAAGGAGCUGUUUAGCGUUGAUUCCAAGCUACGUGUGUCUUUCCUUUCACUUCUUGCCAUUACGAACAUAUUUCGGUAUCGUGUCCAACGGGAACACGGUCGAGAUACCUGCGUAAGUUUGGCGAUGGAGCACUUUCCCGAGAACACGGUUUACCUUCUCAGCGAGAAACGGAUUGUCUCUACGCUUCAAAAUUCGUUCACUAAAUUCAUACAAAGCAUUCAACGUCAGGUUAUCAAGGAAAUAGCGAAGGCGACGUGGAUGACUACAAAGCAUUUCGAAGCAAUAAGAAACAAGAUGAAAGAGAUCGACCUCAGGGUACCAGAGACACUACCACCACUAGUAAGCAAAGAUGUGCCUAAGAUGUCUCCGGAGUUCACAAAGAACUACAUUGAUAUGAGCGAAUAUACCCGAGGACUCCAAAACAAGUACCUGAAAUUCUCGACGCACUUCUCACGUGCCCUACGUGCAGGAGUGAGAAUAGAAGACGAUGACUUGGAGAUCACUAAUGCCAUAAUGUGGACGCCGUGGUUUUACGACCAAAAAGACGACGCCUACAUCAAUUACGCCACUGUGGGAGUUCGGGUAGCCAUUGAAUUGAUGAAGUUCUUGAUGAAGGAGUACAUAGUUCUGCUUCCCGAGCUUAAGAAGAAAUGGAAAGGGGGUGUCAGCUGCAUGCUAAGGCAAACUAAGCUACCCCGGAUGCGUUCGGGUGACAGCUUCUUGGGAGCAGCGUACGAAGUUGCCCGUGGGACGUCUGUGGCAUUAGGACUGGCCUCUCCCCUCCCAGACAGCAAUGCGAAGCGAUUGUUCUUUGGACGACUAUGCCAGCAGUACUGUGAUCGACGUGAUGACACGCGUCUUGACACUACAGAUCUAAAUAUUAUGAAGCCAAGCCUAUUGUGCGAAUUCUCUGUCCGACAACAACCGCUUUUUUGGGAAGCAUUUGAUUGCCGUAAUUUUUCUGGAAACUGUACUAUUACGUGACCGUAACGCAGGAGGUAUCCUAUGACGGCAGCAUUAUCAAUUAAUUCAUAUAGCUGUGUAAUAAACCUUGAAUAAUUUG